AUGGUCGUCCUCAACAAGGCUGCAGCCCUUCUUCUGGGUCUGACCACCGCCGCUACUGCGGCGCCCCUGGCCGAGACGCAGGCUUCUGUCCCGGUCAAGAACUUCUCCGUCAAGCAGGUCGAGAAGGAGGGCAGCAAGGGACGUACCGUCAACCUGCCGGGUCUGUAUGCGAAUGCGCUGGCCAAGUACGGCGCCCAGGUGCCGGCCAGCGUCAAGGCCGCCGCCGUCAGUGGCAGCGUCGUGACCACCCCGCAGGCCAACGACGUCUCCUACCUGACCCCCGUCACCGUGGGCAGCUCGACCUUGAACCUGGACUUCGACACCGGAUCCGCCGAUCUCUGGGUCUUCUCCUCGGAGCUGGCCGCCUCCUCGCGCACCGGCCACAGCAUCUACACCCCCGGCAGCACCGCCCAGAAGCUGUCCGGCUACAGCUGGAGCAUCUCCUACGGCGACGGCAGCUCCGCCAGCGGCGACGUCUACAAGGACAAGGUCACCGUCGGCACGGUGACGGCCAGCAGCCAGGCCGUCGAGGCCGCCAGCCGCAUCAGCUCCGAGUUCGUCCAGGACACCGACACCGACGGUCUGUUGGGUCUGGCCUUCAGCUCGAUCAACACGGUCUCCCCCCGGGCCCAGACCACCUUCUUCGACACCGUCAAGUCCAGCCUGGACAGCCCCCUCUUCGCCGUCGAUCUGAAGUACCACGCCGCCGGUACCUACGAUUUCGGGUUCAUCGACUCCUCCAAGUACACCGGCUCCCUGACCUACGCCAACGUCGACGACUCCCAGGGCUUCUGGCAAUUUACCGCCAGCGGCUACAGCGUGGGCUCGGCCUCCCACUCCUCCUCUUUCUCCGCCAUUGCUGACACCGGCACCACCCUCAUCCUCCUCGACGACUCCAUCGUCUCCACCUACUACAAGAGCGUCAGCGGCGCCUCCUACAGCUACAACUACGGUGGCUACGUCUUCUCCUGCUCCGCCAGCCUGCCCAACUUCAGCGUCAAGAUCGGCUCCUACACCGCCGUCGUCCCCGGCAAGUACAUCAACUACGCCCCCAUCUCCACCGGCAGCUCCACCUGCUACGGCGGCAUCCAGUCCAACGAGGGCCUCGGUCUAUCCAUCCUGGGUGAUGUCUUCCUCAAGAGCCAGUACGUGGUCUUUGACUCGCAGGGUCCGAGAAUCGGGUUCGCCGCGCAGGCUUAGAUUGUUUGAUUGGGGUUGUGGAUGUGGGUGAUGCUUGGUGGUGGUCUGGGUCGUGAUCUAUG